AUGUGGAGCUCGGUUACUGCAGCUGGUACAGAAAAUGGGCCUGCACCACCUUCUAGAAGUAAACACAGUGCAACGUUACUCGCUGGACACGUAUAUCUUCUUGGAGGUCGAAAUGGAAAUUUACCGCUCAAAGAUCUUUGGCGGUACAGUCUUGCCGAGAGUAAGUGGGAAGAAUUACAUCCUGGGGGAGAAAGGCCGCCGGCUCUUCAAGAACAUAGUGCGGUAGCGUACAAGGACUGCCUUUACGUAUUCGGAGGAGAAUUAGGCUUUUCCGCGGGCACGGAAACACCACUUUGGGUCUACAAUGUCAAGACGAAUACGUGGAGAAAGGUUAGAGCUCAACGAGGUUGCGUGGUUCCUAGAGGUCGAAGAGGUCAUACGGCCUUGGUCCAUCGAGGUCAAAUGCUUAUCUAUGGUGGUUAUCAAGAUUUACGGGGUAGCUCUCCCGAAUUAUGGGCUUUCCAUUUUGAAACAGAAUCUUGGCACCUAUUAUCAUCCAGCGAAAGUGGUCCAGCUGCGAGACACAAACACUCAGCCGUUUUACAUGGAGAUGCUAUGUAUAUUUAUGGAGGUAUGACGGAUUUACAAGAGAGAAGCGAUUGUUGGCGAUGGGACGUUAAUACUGCAUCUUGGUUGAUGCUGAAGAACAAACCUGGACCGGGUCCACUUCACGGUCAUGCUGCUUGCAGACUCCCAAGUUGCAUGUUAAUUUUUGGCGGAGAGAGCGGUGGUCUCGCAACUAAUGAACUGUGGAGGUUUCAUUUUGGUACGGAAACUUGGGAGAAAUUAUCUGUAUCAGGGCCAAAACCCCAGCCUAGAGCAGAGAGCGUUGCCUUGGCAGUAUCUGAGUUAUUGAUUCGUGGUACCACUACCGAUAAUCCUAAGCCAAAAUUAAAAAAUCAAAGAACGAGAUUGUGUGCUAAUAGAAUAUCACCGAACGAAGCAUCUACGAGGCCUAGUUUUCUCAAAGAAAUCUCCAAAUUGUCGCAGAUCAAUCUGUCGAGAUUGAGUCAUCCAACCAAGUGUAGUUAUUCUGUACUCAGUGGACAGGACGAUAAUGAGGAAAGUCCUCAGGAGGCGAAUACGUAUUAUCCAUUUCAGCAAGUGGACGUAGAAGCCGUAGAACCUUCAAUGGGAAUGGUAAAGUCUCGAAGUGCCAAUACCUUAGCUCGUAGAAGACAGAAGCCGCCGGAAACGACGACUAAAGCAACAGAAUCUAGCAAUAGUAACAAUAAUACUGGCAGUGGCAUGACCAGGGAUCCUAUUUCGGUGCCAAAUUUUCGAGCUUUGACGUUACCAACACCGGUACUAACACCUGUGGAAGCAGCAAGACUAGUUUUCGUUGAUCCAGACGAGUUGAGCGAUAACGAGGAGAAGAAAGAACCACCUACUUCAAGACUGAUCGAAGUUCAGGAGGAAAGGAGAGAUUUUUCUUCCAUACAUCACACUUGUCAACCAACACGAGGAGAAAGUUACAGUUCUCAUUUAUACGAGGCAGCUAUUCAAACUCCAAAGACACCGACCACGGCAAAAAUACCAACUUCAGCAUCGGUGAGAUUCGCUGACCUGGAAGAAGGCGAGGAAUCAACAUCGGAUUACGCAAGCAUCGAAGCGAGAAGUCCGGGUGAUCCUUUAGCUGACGACGAUUGGCCUUCGAAUAGAAAAUCCAAGCAAUUACGUGCUAUUGUUAGUUCGACGACGAUACGUGAGGGCCAAUUUGGCUUUUGCAAUCCGAAUUAUUUGGGCUUGGACGAGAGUAGAAAUCAUCAUCAUCAGCAUUAUCAUCAUCAUCAUCAUCACCAUCAUCAUCAUCAACAACAACAACAACAACAAACACAACAAGACGGAAAAUAUGCGAAGAUGUUGAACAGUCCACCCGAUAGUGUUUUGGAAGAUGAACCUGGUAGGUCAGCGUCGCAAACAUUUGCUGAACUUCUUGAAUUACAAGAGAUCAGAAGGAUUCCUAGAGCACCGCCUAAGAGUCUACCUUUGGGCUCGCCCUCGAGACGAGCCGUUAGUGCCUCCAGAGCUGAAAGGCAAAGGGCUAAGGUUGCUGCUAAUGAUGGGAACGAUUCAGGAACACCUUCGUAUGGACCUGCACCUUUAUACGUCUUUUUAGUUGGUGGUAAAGAAAAGGGUCAGGUCACCGUUUUUGCUAGACCAGUCUCCCUCUGGAAGUUGCAACUAGCACCACAUAUCUUUUAGAAAUACCUAGGGGAUCCGAUGAUCAAUUCGAUUAUCGAUCCAACGAUAGCUCCUGGUUCUCAAUUUUUUUUGCGAUAAUUACAUCUUCUUUAUUUAAUAAUUUGCUUUCAUCCUUUAAUACUUUAUUUCGGAUCAUUUCUGUCUUACUCAAUGAAAAAUCUUGCUCCCCUUGUUUUUUUCCUUUCUACAUUUGUGAAAAUCGCUCAUUCGUGUAUACAAUGUUUUUGAACGUUCGUCAAUUAGUUCUCUUUAGCGUACUUAUUGCAUAUUUUUAUUAUUAGUAAUAUAGUAUUCGAAAGAUAUAUUAAAUAUGAAAGAUUUCACGUUGUCUUUGAGAUCUUCAUAUUUCUCGAAUAUUUUUCAAAUUAACAGGAAAGAGAAUAUCGAAUUCGAAGACUUUAACAAUCAAACGUAAUGUAGUAUUUAUUUAAAAAAAAAAAAAAAAAAUUACUAACGUCAUGCCUGUAGUCGGUAACGUCUUUUAUAACGCAUUAUUAUAUCAAUACUGAAAAAAAAAACUAUUCGAGCUUAUCUACGUCGAAUUUUUUUAGACUUUUUGUCUCGACAUCAUUUUAAUGAUGUUCGAGACGAUUUCCUUUAGCAAAGAAACGUAAAUUUUGUAGAAUUAUUUUUGGACGUACGUGUAAUGAAUAUUAUAACUUAUUGUUAAUGCAAAACUAACGAUCUAAAACGUGAUUGGAGCGUUUAAAAAACGCAGUAUGAUCGAUAUCGAUCACAAAGAUCUAUCGCUGUUUUUGACAACAGUAUCUUUUUGUGUCAUACUCGAAGUCACCCGAAAGAGAUCGAUUACUAAAAAUCUUAAACGUCUGUUUUUUUGAUUCUUUCGAUAUACGAAUACUAGAUACAGAAAGAGAAAAAAAAACAAAAAUGCAUAGCGUAACAACUAAAUUAAAUUUUGUAUUUGUCUUAUCGCGAUAGAUAGAUAGAUAGAUAGAUAGAUAGACAGAUAGAUAGAUAGUUAAAUAGAUAGAUAGAUAGAUGAACCACAUGUACCAUGUAUGCAUUUAACGUUAGUGUAGAUAAUUGAAAUUACCCUAAGUUUCUUUUUAUUAUCGUCGAUUAUUAUCUUCGCUGAAAUGAUUUCAUUUCUAAAAUAUAAUUCAUCGGUUUCUAUGACGACUCGGUAACAUAUCCACAGUAUGUAUAUUGAUUUGCUUGACGAAAUAAAAGUGCAAUAUUUAUAGGGACAAUGUUUAAGAGAUAUUCCUAUACUUUUUUCUAUUUUCAAAUCGUCAAGAUUUUUACUUUAUACCUUGUUAGAACAAUAUGUAAUAAAAUUAAUACUCGUAAAUAUUAUACUUAUUAAUUCAGAGUUCAUAUUGAACUGUUCGAUAUAGUAAAAAGGAUGUUUCAAACGUAAAUUUGUAUUAAACGAUCAAGACCGAUGUCCCAAAUCGAAACGCAAAUCAAGCCAAAGCAACGUGAAUGUAUUGAACACGUGAAUUCAAUAUUUGUAAAGAAACAUACAAGUACCUAUAUCCUAACAAAAUUUUUCUUAUGAUUCGUUUUAAAUUUAUUAUAAUAAUUACAUGAGAGAGAUGCAAUUUUUCUUAUAAUUUAGUCUUUUAUCUAUAAUUGUAUUAAAUAUAUAACAAUCUUGUAAUUACAUUACGAAAUGCCAUCUUUAACAUCGAUCAUACCGAAAUAAAGUGAUACAUAAUAGAAAAUAGUUUCAAAUUGGCUUGCUUGAUCUGCGUUUUAGUACCAUGGAAUGUGAACUAAAUGUACGUAGACUAUAAUGUUAGCUUUAAUAUUAGAUAAUAAGCUUAAGAUAGGCUCGACGAUCUUGGGUUUAAUUGCAAUCUAUUUUCGGUUGUAUUCACAGUGGAUAAUUAAUUUAAAAACUAGUUCUAUUUCUAAUCAUUUUCUUCGUAAUUAUCAAAAAGUUUGUUCCCCUCACUGAUUUCGAUAACCUUGCUGUAAAGAUCAUUAUUCUAAAUAACUUUUUCUUCCUUUCUGAAUGCUAGUUUAGGGAAAAAUCUGAAAUUUCCUUUGUAUUAUUUUUUAGCGAUCAUGCAUGCUCAAUAUAGAUCGUAGACACAACUCUAUUUUUUUUGGAAAAGGAAAAGUCAUUAUUCACCUUCUGGGGCAGAUGUUAAGCUCACACCCACUAAAAACUUUCUCCUUGGUUCCUCCUGAAUCAAGUUACUAGAAUAGUGCAACCGCUGUUGGCAUUACUUCACCCUCGGAGUAAUUUUUUGAUAUUAGUUUUGACAACUAUGCACUUUUUGAUCCUUUACCUUGUAUCAUUAAGUGGUACCCAGUUAAUAAUAUUCUCUACGAAGGAAGGGGAAAUUUUUUCUUAUUUCACGUAAUUAUAUAGUUUUAUAUGAUGUCUUAUAGUAUUGUCGCGGAGUAUAUUUAUAAUUGUAGAGUAUUAAGAAGUGGUGAGAUACAACGGAAAAUUUCUUUCUUGUAUAGAAUUUAUAUGCCUAAGAAGGCCCAACACAUGUAAUCCAUCCAUAAGUAGUUGAAGGUCGAUGUGACCCGUUAUUGGCUGGAUAUUAUCGAACUCUUUUAUUAUUAAUGGUAGAGUCAUAUUAAUUAAUCUUUUCUCUCAUAUAUCAUUACCACGAUAACUCAUGCAAUAUUACAUUCAUAAAUUAUUUACAAUUCUUAGUAAUUAUGCGCUUAAUUAUCAGUAUUUUAUUAUUUAGUUUUCUAAUUAAAUAGAUUAUAAGAUUAUUAUUGGAGAGAAGGGUUCUCCAGUAUCCAGCUACAGGCCACAAGACCCCCGAAAAUCAAUGUUUUCCAUUCGUAGAGCUAGUCAAUUUAAAAUCUCAGUGUACAAAACUAAAGAUAAAUGUUUCGUACUCUGUCCAUGAACCUUUCCCUUUCUUCAAUAUUCCCAAUCACUGUCUGUAGUUAAUGAUCCUAACGACUGGAUUAACAUAUUAUUGCAUUGACUAUGCAUUCAUGUUUAUUUUUUAAAAUAAUAAUAAUUUACUUAGUCGAAAUAUUAUUGUGCGAGAAGAAUUAUCGAUAAUACAUACUGAAAUUGUUCAACAGAAUUAUAUUCAAUUAAAUUAUACAUGUAGAAAGAACAAAAUUUCAACGGUCUCUAUAACAAAUCUAUUGUUUAAAAUACACACUAAUAUAUAGAAAUAUGUGUUCACUGCUGAAAAAUCCACUUAUCAUGUCAAAGGAGUUUAUUGUGAAAUCAAUUUAUCAUACAAGUCUGACUCUUGCUACAAAAGAUUAUGAAAAAAAUUUCAAUAUUGAAAAAAUAAUGUUUACCGAAAUUCACGUUUUUUAUUUAAUUUAUAGUCUAAUCAUACAUUGUAAUGAUUAUGACCUUCUAAAAUUUGUACUUAAUUCAUUAAAUAGAUUCUCUCUUCUCGUAACAUAAUGUGCAUCAAAGAAACGAAUAAUCCAGUAGUCAAUUAUUACCAAUGAUAGUCAUUUAUAAACUAUAUAUAUUAAUAUUUAUCACUUAAAUAAUAUUCGCAGCAUGAAAAAAUUAACAAAAAAAAAAGUCAAUUAGUUUCCAAAACUGUAAACUGAUUUGAGUGCCUGUAUACUUCAUGCAAAUAUAUGCAUUCAAUAUU